GACAAAUAUUGACCAUAGCUCUGGGGGGAGUGUUGAUUAGAUGAAGAAAGGGACUUCAGCAGUAACCUCUUCUUUGCUCAAAGUUAUAAGAGAACUGUUGCACCUAGAGCUGUCCUCACUCACAUCGGUGUGGGACCUUUGUCGGAGAACAUGAAACACCUUAUCCUGCUUGUGUGGUUCUUCCUCACACACGAAGCUCAAAGCCUUCAUAUCAUUGCUGGUGACUUCAGUCAGCUACAAGGUCUUGCAGUUCCUGCAGCUGAUACGCUGGAAGAUGUCCCUCCCGCAAAUAUAAACACAUAUGAAAUACGUCACAAGAGAAGUGAAGACGGAGGAGAGGACAAGGAGGAGGAACUGACCGACGACCACUUCAUCAUCCAAAGUUACAAAGUGAAGUCAAUCAUUACGUCUCGCUUUGCUGAAACGGUCUUUAGCACGAAGGUUCGCAACAGGGAAGUCACGGCGCAGAACGUGGAAUUCAACCUAAGGAUUCCCACGGGAGCGUACAUCACCAAUUUCACCAUGACUGUGAACGAUAUAACGUUUGUUGGAUCAGUGAUGGAGAAGAGCUUUGCCAGACGAUUGUAUGCAGACGCAAGGACUCAAGGGAAGGCCGCUGGGAUCAUCAGAACCUACGGCCGUGAAAUGGAACACUUUAAAGCUGACGUCAAUGUACCAGGUGGAAGUAAAAUCAGUUUCGAGCUCCACUGCCAAGAACUGCUUCAGCGAAGGCUGGGAUUUUACGAGCAGAUUAUUAUACUACAACCCGGGAACUUGGUGAAACAGUUCCAGGUUGAUGUCUACAUCUUUGAGCCACAAGGGAUCACUUAUCUUGAAGCCCCCCACAGACUCGGAUCGCAGUUUGACGGGCUGAUGCACUUAACUAAAGGAGAGAACAAGGCCCAUCUCACCUUCAGGCCCACGUUGGACCAGCAGCGGAAAUGUCCGAGCUGCCCCGACACCGCCAUUGACGGCAGCAUUGUCGUGAAGUACGACGUCAAACGAAUACUCAAUGGAGGAGCCCUUCAGGUUUCCGAUGGCUAUUUCGUUCACUUCAUCGCUCCAGACAAUUUGCCCCCCCUCCUGAAGAACAUCAUCUUCGUCAUCGAUGUCAGCGGAUCAAUGUGGGGGAUUAAAAUGAAGCAGACCGUUGAAGCCAUGGCAACCAUACUGGAUGAUCUCGGCCCUCAGGACCAAUUCACCAUCAUCGUUUUCAACCACAUUGUGCGCUGUUGGACCGAACACCUGGUCACAGGCACUCCUGCUCAGAUAAAGGAAGCCAAGAAAUACAUCGAGAACAUAAAGCCGAGUGGAGGAACAAACAUCAACGAAGCAAUCCUCUCGGCCAUCCACAUCCUGACGCAAGCGGACAGCCAUGGUGUGCUGAACCCCCGAUCCGUGUCGUUCAUCAUCAUGGUUUCCGAUGGAGACCCUACGGUUGGUGAAAUAAAACUGAGCGCCAUUCAGAAGAACGUCAGGACACACAUGCAGAACGAUUUCUCCCUCUUCUGCAUCGGCAUUGGCUACGAUGUGGACUACGACUUCUUGGAAAGGAUCGCCCUUGAAAACCGUGGGGGAGCUCGACGCAUUCAAGCAAACGUCAAUGCAUCCAGUCAACUGAUGGAUUUCUAUGAAGAGGUCGCUACACCUCUGCUGAGGAAGAUCAAGGUGUUAUACGGGGGUGAAAACGUCACGGACGUGACCAAGAGUACCUUCGACAAGUAUUUCAGCGGCUCCGAAAUAAUUAUUGCGGGAAGACUGACAAACAAAGACCCUUCCAUCCUCCAGAGUCUGGUGUCGGCAAGCUCGGCUAACAGCGAGGUGGGGUUUCAGGUGGAGUCCCCCACGGAUGAGCUGGACAAAAUCUUGGCCAAGCACCAAUAUGUUCUUCCCUGCUUCACCAAGCAACUUUGGGCUUACCUCACGAUUCGCCAACUACUCGCUAAGAGGGCAAUGGCACCAACCGCCAUGCAGAAGAGAAACAUUACCAGCAGGAUCUUAAACCUGGCGCUGGUUCACCACUUUGUCACCCCGGUGACCUCCAUGUUGGUGGAGAGCGAGGAGACGGGACAGAAGCUUCUUGCUGACUCUCCCAGAGACACCAGGGAAGGGUGUUGUGCAGGACCUCCUCACAUUGGGACAAAAACUCAUCCAAAAACUCCUCCAAAGACUCCUCCGAAGUAUAUUUUUGCGACUGUACUCCCGCAAACAGCGGUUGGUGACACUGAAAUGAAAGUGGUUCAUUCAGUUGACAAUGAUCCACAUUUCAUCAUCCACUUGCCCAAAUGUAAACAAGACAUCUGCUUCAACAUUGAUACAGAACCGGGAAAAAUUCUCAACCUGGUCUCAGAUCCCAUCAAAGGCAUUGUGGUCAAUGGUCAAAUUAUCAGUGGAAAGAAAGCCAAAAAUACCAAGUUGAACACCUACUUUGGAACAAUCGGGAUCCGUUUCACCAAUCUGAGUCUAAGCUUUGAUAUUAGCACCGAGAAGAUUCGCUUGAAAGAUGGGAAUCAUAAAACUCUCCUCCAAUGGUCUGAGAAUGCUGUUUUAACACAUUCCAGCUAUGUGGUGAGCGUGAGGAAAAACAGUAACGUCACCAUCACCGUGGGUGAGGACGUGGUUUUCCUGAUCCUGCUACAUCGUGUCUGGAAAAACCAUCCAACCAACGUGGAUUUCCUGGGAUUCUACACUCCUCCGACGAAUAUGUUCUCAACAAGUGUCCAUGGACUGAUAGGUCAGUUCGCCCGUGAACCGGAAGUACACGUGUACAACAUGCGUCCGGGCUCGGACCCAAAUAAACCGCAGGCCACCAUGGAGGUGAAAGGUCACAAGAUUACAGUGACCAGGGGGUUGCAGAAAGACUACAGGACGGGCACUGUAAGUGGAACCAAUGUCCAGUGCUGGUUUAUCCACAACGGAGGGAAAGGAUUCAUCGAUGGACACUUUAAGGACUAUCUCGUUCCACACCUCUACAGCUUCUUGGAGCGACCAUGAGCGGCUUUAAAGGCACUGCAAAGAACAGAAGAUAUGCAGAAGGGGAGGAAUAUGGGCAGCAAAUGCAAACAAAUUUGUAUAAAUCAGCAUUAUCAAAAAUACUCAUUGAAUAGUUA